AUGUGGGGUUAUAGAUUGAUAAUACCUAAAAAGUCUCAGUUAAAUAUUUUGAAGGAAUUACACAGUAGUCAUAUGGGUAUAGUAAAAAUGAAAUCAUUAGCACGAUCUUACGUGUGGUGGCCUAAUAUGGAUAAGGACAUUGAAUUAUACGUAAACAGUUGUAAAUCUUGUUGUAUACACGCUCCAAAUCCAACAAAAAAUUCAAUUUCCUGUUGGAAUUGGCCUAAAGAACCAUGGACGCGGUUACAUGCUGAUUUUUUUCAUAUGUUGAAUAAAAAUUUUUUAGUGAUCCAAGACGCUACUUCAAAAUGGCUUGAAUGUUUCGAAGUAAAUAAUAUAACAGCUACAACUACUAUAAAAGUUUUUAGGGAAUUAUUUGCUCGUUUUGGAUUACCUAUAGAAGUUUGUACCGACAAUGGUCCAACAUUUAUAUCAGAACAAUUUCAAUUAUUUUUAAAAUCUGCUGGCAUACGUCAUUUGUCAGGCGCACCGUAUAAUCCUGAAACUAAUGGUUUAGAAGACGGAAAACGGAAAGUGCAGUCAAAAUAG